CUCGCUCCGUCUGACGGAGCUCCGCACCGCGCAGGCGCUGGCCCACGACGCUGCACGCCGCAAGAACGACCGCACAUCGACCUACCGCAGCAGCAGCGCGCACUACGUGUCGUCGACUCUCAACAUCUUGGCGGCGACCGUCACGAACGUCCCAUGUUAUGCCACCGCCGCUGACGUCGCCGCGUUUUGCCGACAGCACGCCAACCUCGGCAGCAGCUUCCUGUCCGUGUCGAUGGCGCCGUACGAGCCUGGACGACGGGCUCGAUCCACUGUCUACGUGGCGUCCACACUUCACUUGGCGCGUCUCCUCAGCCUCGACGGGCUCGAUUGGCAGCGCGCGCCUCUCUGCGUGCGCGAGGUCGAGCCCAACACGGUCACGUUUACGUGCUCGAGCACGGACGCGACGGCAUUUGCAAUCACGUUUGACGGCGAGAACGACUACCGCUACCGCGUCUGCUUCAAGGUGACCAGCAUCGUCCACUGUUGCGUCGGCAUCAACCGAUUCGAGCACGUCGUCGUUCGGUUCACGUUGCAGACGCCACCGUUUCUCUUUGUCGGCGACCCGGACUGGGAUCGAUCGGACGAUCCGUCGCCCAACGGUGCGUUUGGUCACUGCCGAUGCUACCAUCUCGUGCUUGCCGACGGCGUCGAGGCCACCGACGUCAUCUUCUUGCUCACGAGGUUUGGCGUCACGGACGUCGCGCGCGAACCGACGGUGCCCGUGUACGCCGGAUUGUUGUCGCCACGGCCAACCGACUGGGCGUACGGUCAUGCGUACGAGCUGCAGCACCUUUCGUUUCCGCUGCGGUAUGCGCUGCACGUCCUCAUCUCGCAAGAGGCGUUGGUCUUUGAACGCGGUGCCGACGCGGCGACAGUGGUUUGGAUGCUUGCGCAAACCCACGCGUCGGCGACCGACGUCAUCGAGUAUCUCUACACGCCGCUGCGCAGCCCACCGGAUAUGCCACCGAAUCUGCAUCCGUUUGGCCGCUGGCUGUCCACCUGCCCCAACCACCCAUCCAACGACACGACGACGACACCGACGACACCGACGACGACGACGGUGUCGAGGAAGGCCGACGACAUGACGCCAGCAACGAUGCCACAAGUGCGUCGGGUGCUCGUGACACCAUUACGCAUCGUCGUCGAAGCCCCGGAGGUUGUCGUGUCGAACCGCGUCUUGCGCCAGUAUGCCCAGCACAUGGACCGGUUCCUCCGCGUCAGCUUCGUCGACGAGCACUUUGGCCCGCUGCACGGCGCCAAGAGUCCUCGGAUCCUCGAUCGCAUCGCGGCUAUUCUUCGGCAUGGUCUCGUCGUCGGUGGCGAAACGUACGUCUUUCUCGGGUACUCGAGCUCGCAACUGCGCGCGCACAGCUGCUGGUUUUACCGGGAUCCGCCCAUUGGGACCGUUGGCGUGCCGACAGCAGCGUCGAUCUACGCCUCGGUCGGACAACUGGACGUGAUACCGUCGGCCAGUACGCGCGGCGCUCGGCUCGGUCAAGCACUCAGCACGACGACACCGACCGUGCGCCUGCGACGGUACGAGUGCGGUCGCCGCCCCGACAGUACGCGCAACGGCUACGUCUUCUCCGAUGGCAUUGGCGCCAUCUCGCCCUACAUCGCUCAGGACAUUGCCGACGACCUCGGGCUCAAGCACGUGCCGUCGGCGUUUCAAAUUCGGUACGGCAGCUCCAAGGGCGUUGUGAGCGUCAACACAUCGUUUGUAUUGACCGACAUUAACAUGGAGCUCCGCGACUCGAUGCACAAGUUUGCUUCGGAGCACGACGCGAUCGAGGUGUGCAGCGUGCCACAAGUGCUGCCUGCGUACCUCAACCGCCAACUCAUCACGCUUCUCUCGACGCUUGGUGUCCGCGACGACGCGAUUCUGUCGCUGGCCGACGACAUGCUGCGGGAGACGGCGGCGCCGCUGGACACGCUGACCAAAGCCAUUCGGUUUGUAAAAGCGUACGCACCAAAAGCGCCAAUCCGACGCCUUCUCGAGGCCGGGAUCAGCAUUCACGACCAACUCGUCGCCGACUGGCUGCACCUUCUGCGCCGCCACUUGCUCUACAGCGUCCAGUUCAAAGCUCGGAUCCGUGUGCCCGAUGGCGUCGUUCUCAUGGGUGUGCUGGACGAGACCGGCAGGCUGCCCGAAGGCUGCGUCUUUUUCCAGUCCAGCGGCAUGUCUCGCUAUGCGAUCACACCGCCGGCACUUGGCACGCGCUGCGUCGUCGGCCGUAACCCGAGUCUCCACCCGGGCGACCUUCGGAUUCUGACAUACUACGCGGAUGUCCCGGCGCUCCACCAUCUCUAUGACGUAUUGGUCUUCUCGUCGCGCGGGGACCGACCCGUGACCGACAUGAUGUCGGGAGGUGACUUGGAUGGCGAUCUGUACUUUUGUCUCUGGGACCACCGACUCGUGCCGGCGCAGGAUGUGCCACCGAUGCACCCGCCCCCAACCUCAUGGGGCAUUCCACCGCCGUCGUCCGCCCCCGGCAUCCAG